CGGAGCCGGCGAGCAGUUUGUGGCAAAGCCGGAGCCGGAGGAGCGGUCCUCAUGGUGCAGCGCCAGGGCGGCGAGGAGGGCGCCGCCGAUGCCGCCGCCGGAGGAGGAGGGCGGUGGGAGGCAGAAGAUCCCCCUCCUCCCGGGAGCCACGAGGGGAACGGCGAGGAUGGCGGGCUCUGCCAGGUGCACGAACUGGAAGCGGCAGCAGGCGCUGCGAGGCUCGGCGAGCGCGACGGCGGCUGUUUCCGAGGAAGUUUCCCUUGGAGACGCGGGACGCCCGGAAUAAAGGGGGAAAUUACCUGUCCAGGGCUUGGCCUGUUCUAUACGCUGCUGUCUGCCUUUCUCUUCUCUGUGGCAUCUUUAUUCCUCAAGAAAAUUGAAGGUGUGCACUCAGUGGAAGUCAGUGCCAUUAGAUGUGUUUUUCAAAUGACAUUUGUCCUUCCUGGUUUAAUAUACUUCAGAACAGGAUUUCUGGGACCAGAAGGCAAACGACUAGUUCUUUUCUUUCGAGGAUUGCUCGGCUCUAGUGCAAUGAUUCUUCUCUAUUAUGCUUUCCAAGUGAUGCCUCUUGCUGACGCUACAGUCAUUACUUUCAGCAGCCCAGUUUUUACAUCGCUGUUGGCCUGGAUAUUCCUUAAGGAGAAGUAUAGUCCUUGGGAUAUUCUUUUCACUCUGUUUACAAUCACCGGAGUGGUGCUUAUUGCAAGACCACCUUUUUUAUUUGGAUCCAGAGUUGCUGGAAUAGAAGAAGAGUACAAAGAUCGCCUGAAAGGAACACUAGCAGCUGUUGCAAGUGCCAUAGCUGCCGCGUCAACUUUUGUUAUAUUAAGGAAGGUGGGGAAAUCGGUGCAUUAUUUUUUGUCCAUUUGGUAUUAUGCAGUAAUUGGGUUAAUAGUUUGCCUAAUAGUGCUUUUUGUAAUGGGUGAGUGGAGUUUGCCCAACUGUGGCAUAGAUAGAUUUCUCUUGGUAUUAAUUGGAGUGUUUGGUCUUGGUGGCCAAAUAUUCCUUACAAAAGCACUACAGAUAGAGAAAGCUGGUCCUGUUGCUAUAAUGAAAACAAUGGACGUGGUGUUUGCUUUUAUCUUCCAAAUUCUUUUCCUCAAUCAUUUGCCUACGUGGUGGACAGUCGGAGGUGCCCUUUGCGUAGUAGCUAGCAGUUCCGGAACUGUCAUUCGAAAGUGGUAUCAAAGCUCGAAAAAGAGCACCGGAAAUGAAAUUUGAGAAGUGGGGUGUUAUUUCACUUCUGAAACAGGGCAAAUCACAUGAGUAUUUAUUUUAAAUAAUUCACCACCACCUUUCCAGGCACUUCUCUCUGCCAAAGAGCGAGACUUCCGCCUGCACAGGUAGGGCUGAAGUGUGUUCCUAGUUCAAUGUUUCAAUUUGGUAAUGUUUCUGUUUUGUUUUGUUAUUUCUACUAGUUGUUGCUUUGGCAUAGUUAUUUUUCUAUAUUUUGGUGACGCAGAUCUUAAAAUGUAUUUAUAGCAAUAUAAACUGAGAUAUAUAUAUGUACAUAUCCCUCUUUUUUAUUAUUACAUUGUGCCUGAAUAGACGGAGCAAAGGCCAUAUUGGCUACUACUAUUCAGCUGCUACGAUUCAAGGAAAAGAAAAGACAAUGGCCAGUUGUCCAGGGGGGCAUUUCUUUUCAGUGGAACGUAUUGCAGCUGUACCCAUGCUCAGUACUAUGCAAAAUGUUUUGAAUGUCUGUCUGUUUAACUAUGCAAUUAAAGUAGCACCUACUUGUCAGUUUUGCCAGAAUUUUGGAUUUAAGGAUGGUGGACAGUUUAAGCCCCUGUGUACUAAGAGGGGGAUGCACCAGAAGCUACUGCAUUCCAAAGACCCACAAUAAGCUGGUACGCUGAUGAUGCAUCAACACUGCCACAUGCCAUUGCAAAUUAUGCUAGUAUGCAUUCUCAGGAUUGACGUGUCUAUCAACUUAAAUCCAAGCAUUUUGGCAUAAGUGGGUUUUGCCUAUCAUAAUAAUUCUGGAAUAGUGUUUGCAUUAGUCCAUAUACUGUAGCAACACAAAACAACAAGCGGCUUGAUCUAUUGCCCUGAAUUUGUGAGCUUGUCAUAGACAUCCCAUUCACUAUAGUGGAGAAGACAGAGGCAGCAGGUCUUUGCAUGUCUUUCUUGGUACAGUCGUACCUUGGUGGACAAACGCCUUGCGACUUGAACGUUUUGGCUCCUGAACGCCGCAAACCCGGAAGUAGGUGUUCCAGUUUGCGAACGUUCCUUGGAACCCAAAUGUCUGAUGUGGCUUCUGCCACUUCCAGUUGGCUGCAGGAGCUUCCUGCAGCCAAUUGGAAGCCAUGCCUUGGUUUCUGAAUGUUCGGAAGUUGAAUGGACUUCCAGAACGGAUUCCGUUCGACUUCCGAGGUACCACUGUAUUGGUGCAAAAACAGAAAGCCAAGCCUUGUUCAGACAUGAAAUGACAUUGUAUUGCAUUUGUUGUGAUGGACGUGUACAACAUAACAUGAAAAUGUCUGAAAUGUAUGUUUAACCACAAAUGUACACAUGAACUAGAAUCUGGUUUUACAACCAACAAAACUUGUUCUGCAGAUGUUGCCCGCACUCACAUUUGACUGUGUUAUAGUUGCAUUUAUGAGAGCAGCAUGUCAGUGUAUAAUAAUGGUCAGCUAAACCACGGAGAUGGUAUCAGUGUGAUCAGCGUUUUGUAUCUUUCUUUCUCCUCACUGCUUGUUCAUUGCUAACAUUUCCUGUUUGGUGUAACCCAAGCCAAGUUCCCAUCCAUAGUUACAUUGGUGUCUUCAUCACCAGAUAUAAAAAUAGAACAAUGCUCAGGAGAUUCCAAAUCCCAUCCCUCAGAGCUGGUUUUUCAUUAAAACACAAAUGGCUUUGUUUUCAUGUAGUUGACCCCUGAAACUGGAUGCUACCCCAUUUCUAUUUUCAUUUAGAAUUCUGUUAUAGAAAAGUCAAGGUGAAAACAUCAUUAAAACAAACUACAAUAUGCAACAGAUUAGGCUAGCAUUUCCCUGUAUGCACCUUAUUUUCAGCUAGCUAAUGUGAAAAGCAUAUCAUGAAGCAUUCAUUGAAACACAAAUCCAGUCACCCCAGAACUUCCUGGUGUCAAUGUACUUUAGUAAGUGGAAUCAAUGUGAGAGCACCAGACAUCACUCUGAUUGCACAGAUAAUUGUGAUAAAUAAAAUUACUAAUGCAUAUUCAAUAUUCAGAAUAAAAACAUGUCAUUACAUGUCAGUACUCUCUGAAUAUACUGUACAGUCGUACCUUGGUUUUGGAACAGCUUAGUUCCCGAACGUUCUGGCUCCCAAACACUGCAAACCCGGAAGUGACUGUUCCAGUUUGUGAACUAUUUUUGGAAUAGUUCCAAACAUCUGACGGGGCUUCCGAUUGGUUCCUACAGCCAAUCAGAAGCUGUGCUUUCGUUUCCGAACAUUUUGGAAGUCGAACAGACUCCCGGAACAAAAUCUGGUUGACUUCCAAGGUACGACUGUACAGUAAGAAUAUUGCACAAAGUUGUUGUUAGUCUAUAAAAAAACAGCUUAGUCACUUGCAUUGCAGGGCUUCCUCACUUGCAACUGUGGGGAAGUCUGACCAAUGAGCCUGGAAAUAUUUCCAGUAUGAGAAACCACUUCUUUCCAAAAAGACAGUCACUGUGAGCCUAGCUAGGUUUUAAAAUUAUAUAACUUCUUCCCUCCAAUAAGGAACUGUUCUUGCUUAUUUUCCCCUAGAGCUCGUUCUCCAUCCUGAGAGGGUAGAAAAAGAGAAGCAUAUAUAUAUGCUGCAGCUGAUCUUCUUGGGAAUUGGGGUCCUUGAGGCAUAGGAAGCCAGGAAACUGCCUUGACAUCAGUUCAGACAAGUUGCCCAUCUAGUUACCAAUGCUGUUUUUUUGACUUAGUUAACUGUGUGUGCCUAUACAUGUCCACAUGGAAACAAGCCUUACUGGACUUACUUCCAAGUAAGUGUGCAUAGGAUUGCAGCCUUAAUAGUACCUGGAGACAGAGGGAAGAGACAUGGGUACAUGGCAGCCUCAUACUCCUCAUAGCAUGCAUAUGCUAUUCUUGUUUCAGGUGAUAGAAAUCCAUUGGGCAGGAUAGACAUUUAUUUUCAUGUAAAAAUGGAAAAGAAAAGAAAAUACAUGUCCAUGUUGUCCUCUGCUCCUCCCAAAUUCUCCUGCAAGCUGACAAUUAUUUAAACAAUACGGGUAACUUGAAUCAAUCUCACUGUUUUUGUUUAAUCCCAGUUAUGGCUGAAAUUGAUUCAGUUUAAGUAAAAAAAAAAAGUUCUGUAAAACAGUUCAGCACACCUCUGGAAUUGUUUCAGUUCAUGGACUAUACAGAAAAUUAGUUUAUUGUACCUUAAGCAUCAGCCAUUAUUAAGUAUUAUGAAGUAUGCCUUUAAUAGAAAUAGAACAUGUAGAGCACUAGACUGUUAUACUAUUGAACAUCCUAAUCUUUUAAGAGGACAAAUCUCAGGACAAGCCCAAGAUGUGUAAAAAUCUUCCCAAUACAGAUUUCACGUGCUCAUGAUUCCUUUGGACCUGAAAGUCUUGACCUGUGAGUGUUAUCACACUAAAAAUGAAUGAAUGGAUCCCUUAUCUCGAACCUCUGUGCUUAAUUUAGAGUCCUGUUCAGGUUUAACAGAUCCCUUCAGGUAAAGUUUGGGUUCUGUUUUGUUCUGUAAAGGGUUGGUCUGGUUUUUGGUUCAUAUUUGUUUUGAUUUCAUGAACCCAGCAUUUCAUCCCAUUGAUGUGAUUUGAAAAUGUCCUUGCUAACUGAAUAACCCAAUUAUAUGCAUGCUAAUUUAGAAGCAAGGCCCACUAUAUUUAGUGGGACUUAAUUGCCAAGUAAGUGCACAUAGUCACUUUUACUUGACAAUAAGUACUACAUACAGUCAAACCUCAGUUCCUGAACGGCUCCGUUUUUUAAUGAUUCGGCUCCCGAACGCCAAAAAACUGGAAGUAAAUGUUCUGGUUUUCAAACGUUUUUCAGAAGCCGAAUGUCCGACGCAGCUUCUGUUGAGUGCAGGAAGCUCUUGCAACCAAUUGGAAGCCGUGAUUUGGUUGUCGAACGUUUCAGAAGCUGAACAGGCUUCCUGAACGGAUUACGUUUGACAAUGGAGGUUUGGCUGUAUUUAGACAAAUGGAACUUUUAAGUUGAUUUAUUUAGAAUCAGGGUGCUACCGUAAUGCAGAUUUAUCUCUGGUACUGCAUUAUUAGUUACUCUUUGGCUUUUAAUUAUAUUUCAUGAUUCUCAUAAGAGUAACAGUCAUAAAAGGGAACCAAAUAACCAACAGGAAGAAUAGUGCAGUGAGACCGCAACAUAUGCAGGAUUACAUUUCACAAUUGCACCCAAAGACAAAACACAUUGGGUCCAAUGGCAGGUGGGAUUGCUAAAGUCAUUUCCCCAGACAUCACCUCAUUCCCACCCCCCUUAAAAAUUAUUUACUGUUAUGCCAAGCGCAUAAAGCAGAAUGUGCACAUAAGUUGCAGGCUCACUGUACUAUAGCAAAGCAACAAGGACAGCAAUAGAAGUAAUAAAAGUCCCAGAAGUAGAAGAACAGAACUAUAUUAGAGCAAUUGUGAAAUUCUAAAAGGAUAAAAUAACUACCCAGAACAACUCAUGAGGUUUAGCAUCAUGCUAAAAAGUUGAAUGUUUCUUGGCGUAAGCCUGGGGUCACCAGUGCACUGCCCUGGGCUGGCACCAGUGUGCCCAACUACCUCCUAUGGCACCUACAGCAGGUCUCAAGCAAAUAUCCCUUCAAAAAUCUACAGUGCAUAAGAAACUGUUUAUUGCUCCUGUUUAUACUGCUUUGGCCUCUCCUAUAUUGAACACGCCCUCUUACAAACAGGUCCGUAUUCAUUGGAUGCCAUCUUUGGGCAUCCACAUUCCUUUCUGUUCUGAACAGAGGAGAGGUGUAAAGAGCUCUCUGAGUGAACGCCACAGUGGCUGACCUAGGUGCUUCCUUUCCAUCGAUGGGCAUGACCACACCAUUCUGUGGUCUUGUCUCAUUUCCUGCCCUUUUUGAUGUGGAAGGAAUUUUGUGUUACUUCACAUCCCCAUGGCAGCCAUUUUGCGGCUGGUGCCUCCAUAGUACUUGCUCUAAAUUCCAAAGGUAUCCACUGGCCCCCAAAGGUUGGUGACCCCCUUGCACAAAGCUAUGAAUGGAUACCAGUUCAAUUGUCGGAAUGUGUUUGUCCCACGGAGGUGUGCAUUUCUUUAGUGAACUGGUCUGUUGAGGCUGCAGUAUUGUACACACUUGCCAGGGAGUAAUGAAUAGGAUUCCUCUGUAAAGCUCCCUUCUCAUUGGUUAAAUGGCAUAUGGUUAUUAUUCCAUUGCAAACAUAUUUCCAAUAUUUCUCUAGGGUGAGUGGGGAACCUGUGACUCUCUAGAUAUUGGUGGGCUGCAGCUCCCAUCAUUCCUGGCCAUUGGUUGUGCUCAUUGGGUCUAAUGGGAGGUGAAGUCCAGUAACAUCUGGGGGGUGAGUGGGGACAAGUUCCCCAGUGCUGCUGUGGGAAAUUAAAUCUAGCUAAUCCUAAAUUACCUAAUCCAGGCAUAGGCAACCUUCAGCCUUCCAGAUGUUUUGGCCUACAACUCCCAUGAUCCCUAGCUAACAGGACCAGUGGUCAGGGAUGAUGGGAAUUGUAGGCCAAAACAACUGGAGGGCCGAAGGUUGCCUAUGCCUGACCUAAUGCAAAACUGGCAUUACUUGGAAAAGAUCUAUUUAGGAUGGUGCUAAGCUCCUGAGAAAUUAGUUUUUAAAUUACGUUUUCUUUUUUCUUUUCAAACCACCCUGGGAUUAAUUGAGGGGCGGCAUUAAAAUACUUCAAACUAAAUAAAAAAAAUAGUUUAGGGUAGCUUUCAACUGCCAGAUAUGCACACUCCAUAUGUAGCACUGUGCUAGUCUUGUAGAAGUCUCUCCAGCCUUUUUAAGCUAUCAUAAUUUUUAAUCCUAUGUAGCUUUCAUUAAUGCAUACAAAUGCCAAUGGAUUAUCUUUAACCUAUUAUACUUUGCAAAGGGGGAAGUAGAUUUGAAUUGUACUAUUCCUGUGUCUCUUUCCAGUUUUCCUCAGCAAUUACCAAGGUGUUAUGGGUUAGUCACAGUAUAGUGACCAUCAACUGUGGUGGCUUGUCCAAAGAGAACAUAUCAGAAUGAGCAGCACAGUAGAUUGUUUAGGGCCUGUUCAACAUAAGAUAGAUCUAAUAAUACAAAUAUACAUAGAAAAGAUGGUGUAUCUUUUUUGUCUUUUGGAGGUCCUGCUUGAUGUACCUAAUGCCAAUAUGUUGCUAUAUUGCCAGUAGACAGUCAUCAUGGUGAAGCAGGAACUCUUGAAUCCGGUUCUUCAAGAAGUGUCUCUGAUGUUAAAGAACCACCAAUGCAAAAAUGCUUUUGAAUACCGUAUAUGCAAUCUCUAUUUUUGCAAAAUAUCAGGGAGCUAAGCUGGAUGGCCCUUGCACUACUUUCAUCUCCUUUAUUGCACCUUGUUAAGCUGUUUUUGUAGCGGCUGCUGUUUUGUAGCAGAUGCUUAUUUUUUUAUAGGCAACUUUUUAAUUUCCUGGAUUUUGAAAUGUAAAGUAUAUUUUAAUAAGAAGUUUAUAUGAUUUCAUAAAUUCUAAUAAAUACAAUGAAAAAUACACGCUUGGUUUCAUUGAUAUCAGAAGAGUCUCGCAGCUAUUCAAGCUGACGUGAAGGAAUAAACAAUAAGCUGUGGUUUCCUUAGAAGACCCUUCCCGAAUCUAUCCAAAGAUGUAUCUAAGUCCAGCAUUCAGUUCUCACAUUUUACAACUAGAUGCUUAUCCUCCAAUAAUUUUUCUAAACCCCUUUAAAGUCAUCCAAGUUGGGGGCCAUUACUACAUCUUGUGAAGCACUUCUUUUUGUCUGCCCUGAAUCUUCCAACAUGCAGCUUCACUGAAUAUUCCUGGGUUCCGUUCUUCUGAGAGAACAAUAUCUCCCUAUCUACUUUCCCCACACCAUGCAAAAUGCUAUACAUCUUUAUUAUUAAUAAUAAUAAUAAUUAAAUUUGUAUACCAUGUCCCUCACACAGCUUUUCUCCAACUAAAAGCCCUAUAUUUUGUAACUUUCCCUCAUGGGGGAAUUGGUCCAGCCCUGUUAUCAUUUUAGUUGCCCCUCCCCCUUUUGAACCUUUUCAAUAUUCUUUUUUAGAUGUGGCAACCAGAACUAUGCACUGUGAAUACAGCCCCAUCAUAGAGCUGGCU